AUGGGUUUCACCGACUUUGUCUCGGAAGCUGGCCUUACUGUUGCCAACAGCUUCUUCGCCACCCGAAGCUACAUCGUUGGCCAUGCCCCUAGCCAGGCCGAUGUUGUAACCUACAAGGCCUUCAGCGCCGCCCCGGAUGCUGCCAAGUAUCCUCACGUUGCCCGUUGGUACCAACACAUUGCCUCGUAUGAGUCAGAAUUCGCCUCUCUGCCUGGUGACCCAACCAAGGCCUACACUACCUACGGCCCUGAGACGACGGACCUUCCUACCAACCCCAAGGAUAAGCCCGCUGACGACGACGACAUGGAUGACCUCUUCGGCAGUGACGAAGAUGAAGAGGAAGACCCCGAAGUUGUUAAGGAGCGUGAGGCCCGUCUUGCCGAGUACAAGAAGAAGAAGGAGGGCAAGACCAAGCCCGCUGCCAAGUCCAUUGUUACUCUUGACGUCAAGCCAUGGGAUGAUGAGACCAACCUGCAAGAGCUCGAGAAGAAUGUCCGUGCCAUUGAGGUGGACGGUCUCGUCUGGGGUGCCUCCAAGCUUGUUGCUGUCGGUUUCGGUAUUAAGAAGCUCCAGAUCAACUUGGUCGUCGAAGACGAAAAGGUCUCGACCGACGAGCUCCAGCAGACCAUUGAGGAGGAUGAGGACCACGUCCAGUCCACCGACGUUGUAAGUUUCAAUUGCGCUUUUCGCGUUUUUACUUCUUUUUUUUAA